GACAAACUCUACUCUGCCACUCUUUUUCUUCUACUAAUCCACUCCAUUUACGGAUUUAAUUAUCUGCGCAUCAAUUUCGCAACAUCACACGCGCGCGCGUACUCUACUCUCUCUACGCCGCCUCUUUGAUAUUUCCGCCAUGGCAGCUGUUUUGCAAACGCUGGCCGUCCCACGGGCCUCCGCUGUUCCGUCGGCGUCCCUGGCUCCGGCGGACGGAUCCUCCGUUUCCCGCCGUGUAUACCUCGGGUUCUCGGGUUUCAGAGGGGUUAGGGUCCUGACUGCGCGGUCAUCGGCUCCAGUGGGGUCGAGAUCGAAGCUCGGCCGCUUUGGUGGACGAAUUGUCUGUGAGGCACAGGAAGCAGCUCUCGAAGUGCCUGCCGUUACUGAUGCCAGCUGGCAGUCCAACGUGCUCCAGUCCGACUUGCCCGUUUUGGUCGAAUUCUGGGCUCCUUGGUGUGGGCCAUGCCGCAUGAUCCACCCAGUGGUCGAUAAACUGGCCAAGCAAUAUGCCGGGAAACUCAAAUGUUACAAAGUCAACACAGACGAGAGCCCCUCUGUUGCUACUCAGUACGGGAUUCGGAGCAUCCCUACAGUCAUAAUAUUCAAAAAUGGAGAGAAGAAAGAAGCAGUCAUUGGUGCAGUCCCGGAGAGCACACUGAUAACCUGCAUCGAAAAAUUCUUAUGAAAAAUAAGAAAAGAAAGAAGGCAACGUGCAACUAAUAUGCGACAGCUGUGAGAUGGAUAUCAGGAUAUGCGAGAGUUGUGAGGUUCAUUCACAUAACCUUUUGUACCUUUUCGGGUGAAAAAUUAAAGUGCGAAUGCAUUGAACGAUGAAUAUGCGACAAUUUUACAAUUGAUAUAUUAUAUGCGACAUUUAUACAAUUGAUAUGAUAGUUAUGCGGUUCAUUUGCAUAAAUUUUGCACACCAGAAAAUGUUAAAUUAUCCUUGAGACAGUGAAAAUUUUAAUAUAUAA